UUUUACAAAGUUUUCAGGGCAACAAUCAGUAAAUAGAUCGUUUGACUACUGCAGUUAUGUUUCCCCAGUUUGGCAGCCAUUACAGGCUUCCGGCUUCUCUUUGUUGGCUAACGCAAGAAAAUGACUUGUAAACGAAGAAACGGGGGACGUGCCAAGCAUGGCCGUGGCCAUGUAAACCCUGUACGCUGCACCAAUUGCGCUAGAUGCGUUCCAAAGGAUAAGGCGAUUAAGAAGUUCGUCAUCCGUAAUAUUGUGGAAGCUGCUGCUGUCCGUGAUAUCACUGAGGCUAGUGUAUACACAUCCUAUCAGCUUCCCAAGCUCUAUGCAAAAUUGCACUACUGUGUCUCAUGUGCUAUUCACUCCAAAGUAGUGCGUAACAGGUCUAAGGCUGAUCGUCGUAUCAGAACACCUCCAGUCCGCAGUUUCCCUAGGGACUUGCGCCAGGGACAGCAGAACAGGAAGUGAUUUGCACUAUGUGUAUAUUUUAAUUCAAAAUAAAACCACAUAAAACUAAU